AUGGCCGCCGCCCCUCCACCGCCGGCGAUCCUCCCCGUCUCAAACCAAAAAACAGCUCCCGCCGCCGAAGAAUCCCAGCCUCCCGUCGCCACCCCUGCUGUUCGAGCACUCAUCAAUCACAUCACCGCAACCGUUCGCUCUGGUCUCUCCGAUCGCCGUCCAUGGCCCGAACUCGUCGACCGAUCUGCCUUCUCCAAACCUGAAUCCAUUACCGAUGCUACAACAAGGAUCCGAAAGAACUACGCAUAUUUUCGCAUCAAUUACUUCACCGUUGUCGCCGCCGUAAUCGGCGUUUCUCUCCUUACAAACCCUUUCUCUCUCAUUACUCUCCUUGCGCUCCUCGCCGCCUGGAUCUUCCUCUACCUCUUCCGCCCGACCGAACCGCCGUUGGUGGUGCUCGGACGUACGUUUUCGGAGCGUGAAACCCUAGGCAUGUUAAUCGUUUUGAGCAUCAUUUUGGUGUUUUUAACGAGCGUUGGAUCUAUUCUCAUAUCGGCUGUGCUUGUUGGAUCUGGAAUCGUAUGUGCUCAUGGUGCAUUCAGGGUUCCGGAGGAUCUGUUUCUCGACGAACAAGAGCCUGGAGGUCCCCCCGGAUUUUUAUCGUUACUCGGCGGCGCGGCUUCCAAUGCUGCUGCAUCCGCCGCUCCGAUCAUCAAUCCAGUUCGUGCUUGA